UUCUGCCCUUCCAUACCCCCAGAUGCGAUUCAUGCUGCUGUUCAGCCGGCAGGGAAAGCUGCGGCUGCAGAAGUGGUACCUGGCAACUUCAGACAAGGAGCGGAAGAAGAUGGUUCGGGAGCUUAUGCAGGUGGUUCUGGCUCGCAAGCCCAAGAUGUGCAGCUUCCUGGAGUGGAGGGACCUCAAAGUUGUCUAUAAGAGAUAUGCCAGCCUCUACUUCUGCUGUGCCAUUGAGGGCCAAGACAAUGAGCUCAUCACGCUGGAGCUGAUCCACCGAUACGUAGAGCUCCUGGACAAAUACUUCGGCAGCGUGUGUGAACUGGACAUCAUCUUCAACUUCGAGAAGGCCUACUUCAUCCUGGAUGAGUUUUUGAUGGGGGGCGACGUCCAGGACACGUCCAAGAAGAGUGUGCUGAAGGCGAUCGAGCAGGCCGACCUGCUGCAGGAGGAGGAUGAGUCGCCGCGCAGUGUGCUGGAGGAGAUGGGUCUGGCAUAGCCCCCGCCGCCUGGCCAGGGCAUGGAGAAGGGGAGCUGGCGUGAGCGGCUGCUUCUCUGCCUCGCAGAAGGGCCCUUUUCUCGGCGGGCCGCGGCUGUCCCUCCUCUGCUGCCUCACCUUCUCUUGGAGUGAGCUGUGGGCUCGGACCCCUCCAACAUUCCCUCC